CUUAACAUUCAAAUUUCCAUCUUUUUUCUCUACUUAUAAUUACUAUAAUAUUAAUUAGAAUUUGUAAUCUUGAAAAAUAGAUUACGCAAUUUCUUUUGAGUUUUGGAGAAAAUGAGCACGGCUAGAUUUAUCAAGUGUGUAACAGUGGGUGAUGGUGCGGUAGGGAAGACGUGUAUGCUCAUUUCCUACACUAGCAAUACUUUUCCAACGGAUUAUGUCCCAACAGUAUUUGACAACUUCAGUGCAAACGUUGUUGUGGAUGGCAGUACUGUGAACAUUGGCCUUUGGGAUACUGCGGGGCAAGAAGAUUAUAACAGGCUGAGACCUUUGAGUUACAGAGGAGCAGAUGUAUUUCUAUUAGCUUUUUCUCUAAUCAGCAAAGCCAGCUAUGAGAAUAUUUACAAAAAGUGGAUACCUGAAUUAAGACACUACUGUCCAAAUGUACCAAUUGUACUUGUUGGAACUAAACUGGAUUUACGCGAUGACAAGCAAUACUUGAGUGAUCAUCCUGGGGCGACUCCUAUAACUACGGCACAGGGUGAAGAAUUGAAGAAGAUGAUUGGUGCAGUUACUUAUAUUGAAUGCAGCGCCAAAACUCAACAGAACGUGAAAGCUGUAUUUGACACUGCAAUAAAGGUUGUUUUGCGACCUCCAAAAGUGAAGAAAAAGCCUCGAAAAUCAAGAAGAUGCAUAUUUCUUUAAAUUAUAUUCUCAAAUAUUGUAAUAUUUUUUAAGUUCCAAGUGAUAUUAAUCAUAAAAUUCAUAUUAUUGUAAUAUAGACAAAGGGACACUGGAAACUACACAACGAACAAGAAUAGUUGAUCGUAAUUUUGUAUUGAUUUAUCUCAAGAAAUUUUGCUA